GUUUACUCAUUAGGCGAAUUUGCUGAACGAUUAGUUAGUUAUGUUCAGUGCAUGAUUUAGGAUGGUGGACUUGUGUUGUUAUUGGUAGUGCUCGUGGAUAGUAAGAACUAAAACAAGAAUGGAUUUAUUGAAUACAGAAGCGGCGAUGCUGAAAGAAUUAGUUUUUAAUAGGACAACUUCGUUCAAACAAGAGCCAAAGUUAGUAUCAGCGAUUGAUAAACUUCUAAAUGCAGCACUGAUUAAUCGGAAUGUGGACGAAAAAGGCAAUUUAUUGCUACCAGAAAGAAAACUUGAAUUUUCUGAAGUUCAGCAAAUAUUGCAGCAGUCAUCAAAUCGUAAAGUUGCAGAAAAAUCAUCCGAUUUACUUUUGAAGGAAGGAAAUGAUGCUAGAAAAAUGUUUAUCAAAAAAAUAGAAGAUAUUCUUACCCAGAUUAAUUCAACAGCUGAAAAUGGCGAUGUUCCCAAAUUAAUUAUAAGGAAUCAAAGAAUAUGGAGCAAUUGUAUUUACGACUUAGACAGAGUUACUUUAAAAGCAAUUCGUGAUGCAAAAAAGACGACAUUAAAUUAUUCCAGCAGCGAAGAUAAAAGUAGAUUUAAUGCAAUUGUCUUUGUGCUUACGAAAGUGCAUGAGUUACUUUCUAAGAAACUAACCGUAACACGAAGGGAAAUGUUCUAUCAAAAUAUAUCAAGAUUUCGCAGUCAAGCUAAUCUGGACAUAGCAGUAAGGGACGUGUGUUGCCUUUUGGAGACUCCUCCGUGGAGCCUUGGAAUCGUAGCAACGGCUAAAGGAUUGAUAGCUGGGCCGCUUACUUUGCAUUACCAUGACGGAAAUAUUAUUGACUGUAUGGUGUCAGGUGGCACAUUGAUACCGCAAGAUGUAAAUGGUGUAAAGAAAUUUCAAUCCACUGCUAAGUAUAUACUUGUGGUUGAAAAAGAUGCCAUAUUUCAAAAGCUGCUCGAUGAAGGAGCGUUAUUACGAUUGGGACCAGUCAUAAUUAUUACGGGUAAAGGAUACCCAGACGUGUGCACGCGACAGCUUCUGUGUAGAUUAUGUAACGAGUUAAACCUGAACGCUCUUGCACUGGUAGACGCCGACCCACAUGGAUACGAAAUAUUUCUUACGUACAAAUACGGAUCGCUGGCUCAAUCCCAUCUCUCAGCAAGUCUUGCGUGUUCAUCGUUGCUGUUACUUGGAGUUCGUCACCACGACGUGAUGACCCUCGCUCCCGAUGAAGCCCGUCUGCCGUUAUCCAACUUGGAUAAACGGAAACUAGAACAUUUGAUUAGGCGGCCAUACUUGGAGAAUGCAGUCGGUUUAUGUAUAAAGGAAGAGUUGAAUUCAAUGCUUACUUCUGGCAUAAAAGCUGAAAUAGAGGCGGUCGCGCCCAACUCCGGUGCUUUGUGCGAUGCCUACUUACCAUCAAAAAUAAUAUUAUCUAACUACUUGGGUUAAUUUUAGUAAAUACUAAUUGCAUAAUAAAUGAA